AUGGUGCAUGUAAGCGCCUGUGCGCUGAGUCCAGCCAGGGUGACUGCCAGUUCAAUGGUACGUGCGAGUCAAAAGAAGUCGUCGCGGUCAAGACGAAGCGGAAACCCUUCGGCUGCCGCUCUGGUGCGUCGUAUGGCGAAUCAGAUUCCAGAGGAGAUUACAAAGAACACAGAGCUGACCAAGGCGAUCGAGCAGCUGCCGUGGAAUUAUAACUUUGAGAUCCACAAAACAGUGUGGCGGAUUCGUCAAGCUGGGAGCAAGCGUGUGGCGCUGCAGUUCCCCGAAGGCCUGCUGCUUUACGCUUGCGUCAUCUCCGACAUUGUCGAGCGGUUUACAGGAGCUGACAGCAUUAUUCUCGGCGACGUUACAUACGGUGCUUGUUGCGUGGAUGACCUCAGCGCGCUCGCGCUAGGGGCAGACUUCAUGGUGCACUAUGGCCAUAGUUGUCUCGUGCCUAUUGACGUCACGUCGAUCAAAAUGCUUUACGUGUUCGUGGAUAUUGCUAUUGACGUUGAUCAUCUCGUCGACUGCAUGAAGCUGACUUUCGCCGCGGACACCAAGCUUGCGUUGAUGGGAACGAUCCAGUUCAGCAGUUCCAUUCAUCUCAUUGCUUCAAGGCUUCGAGACUACUUUACAAGUAUGGUUGUGCCUCAGGUCAAGCCACUAUCCCCUGGCGAGGUGCUGGGCUGCACUUCCCCCGUCAUCGAGGGAGCUGAUGCUCUCGUAUUUAUCGCCGAUGGCCGCUUUCACCUCGAGUCGGCCAUGAUCAUGAACCCGAGCCUGAAAGCGUACCGCUAUGACCCCUACCCGAAACUGCUUACGCUCGAGAAGUACGAUCUCCCGCAGAUGAUGACAAUUCGUCGAGCUGCUAUUGAUGAAGCCAGGGGGGCGAAGAAUUUUGGGGUUGUGCUCGGGACUCUUGGGCGUCAGGGUAAUCCGUUGAUUCUCGACCACGUGAAGCAGUUGCUUGAACAAAGCGGAAAGACGUAUUUCGUGCUUCUUCUGUCCGAGCUCUUUCCCGACAAGCUUGCACAGUUCAAAGACGUUGAUGCGUGGAUCCAGAUUGCGUGUCCGCGACUUUCGAUUGAUUGGGGCUACGCGUUUCCGAAGCCACUACUUACUGCUUACGAAGCAGAAGUGUGUUUUGAGCGAACUCGGUGGAGAGAAGGUUCAUAUCCGAUGGACUUCUACGCCAAGGGUAGUGGUCCGUGGACAAACUAUCACGAUCGCAAGAAGUGA